CCCAAAAAGAAAAAGACGAUACGUUAAACCUCUCCAGAAGCCAGCAUUCCGUCCCCACCACCGCCGCCGGCUCCGUCCCAAUUCCCAACUGUCGCGGCGCUCCACAAUCUCCUCGGCCACGUCGUUUCUUCUCUCUCUGUCAGUGUUAGUGCGUGCUAACAUCACAAUGGGGAAGCAAGGGUUUGCUCGUAAACAAGGGUUUAAGAGGCUGUCUAAAGCAGAUACAUUAUCAAAGGAAGAAAAUUUAAGACGAAAUCGCCGUGCCAAUGACGAAAAGUUCACACCAAGCUCCUCUCAGAGUGACGACUCAGGGGACUUGUUGGAGGAGCACAAAGAUGUAGCUUCUGAAGAUGAAGAAUCAGGAAAAAUUGUUUAUAGAGAGCCAAGUAUGUAUGACAAUUUGUUGAAGACAUUGGGGUCUCGAAAUGAAACUGUUGCCAAUGCUUUGAGAAGAAGGCAAAUAGAAGGGAAAAGUGACACAGAUGAAGAUGUAGUUGGGGAUAUCGAAUCUUCUAGCGAGUCUGAGGAACAGCAUGAUGGUUCAGGAAAUGAUAAAGGGUCUCCCUGGAGUAACACUUUUGUGAAAGGAUUAAAAGGUUCUGAAAUGGUUGAUGGUAUGGAACUGUGUGAAGAUGUUGUGAUUGAUGAUGAUGGACUAUAUGACACGGAUGAAGAAAGUGAUGUGAGAAUGAGUGGUCAAUCCAUAUCUGAGGCAUCUGUGAUCACAAGUACUUUUGCAAAUCAUUUGGAUUACAAGUUGUCAAAAGAAGAGAUUGACCACUUAUUGAUAAGGAAAUGGAGCUAUUCAUGGAAGAUGCCUGCUUUUAAUAUGUCAAAAACCUACUGGAGAGGAACAGGUGUAUGCCCAGUUGAGGAUUUGGACUUGGAUUCACAUUAUGGUCUCAAGCCAAGGUUAUACAAGCAUUGGUUGGAAAUGUACGAUGCAUCUAAAGGCAGCGAAUUUCAUAAAUCUAAACAGAGAUUGUUUUUCUCCAUUUGCAACAGCUAUCAAGAUAUAAUGCACCAUAACAAGAAGCCAUUUUAUCUCAAAGGUCAGGAAGAAGAUUCAAGUAUCAUGGAUGCUUACCUAGUGCAUUCUGUGAAUCAUAUUCUCAAAAGUAAAGAUCUCAUGACAAAAAAUGAAAGGAAACUGGCUAAGAAUCAAGAUAUUGUGGAGGAUAAAAUUCUUAACGGCAGUGCUUAUCUCGACCGUGGGUUUACUCGUCCUAAGGUUUUGGUUCUUUUGCCUUUAGCAGGCAUUGCACGACGGAUUAUUACGAGGUUGAUCCAGUUGACUCCUUCCAAGAACAAGGCUGAUGUGGAAAACAUUGGACGCUUUAAUGAGGAGUAUGGUUCUGGAAGCACUGAAGACCAGUAUGAAGAGGAUGACUUAGAAAUAUCUAAAUCUAAGAAGUCCACAAAACCUUCUGACUUCCAAGCAUUGCUCGGUCGAGAUAAUAACAAUGAUCACUUCAUGAUAGGCAUAAAGUUUACCAAGAAGAGUAUGAGGUUGUAUAGCGAUUUCUAUAGUUCAGAUAUGAUUGUUGCUUCUCCCCUUGGUUUGUACACUAAAAUUGGGAAGGCUGAAGAUGGAAAGGAAGAAGAUGUUGAUUAUCUUUCUUCUAUUGAGAUCUUAAUCAUUGACCACGCGGAUGUCAUGAUGAUGCAGAAUUGGUCCCAUGUGAAGACUGUUGUUGAACAUUUGAACCAAAUACCGUCUAAGCAGCAUGGAACUGACAUUAUGCGCAUAAGGCCGUGGUAUCUAGAUGGGCAAGCACGCUACUAUCGGCAAACAAUAAUUUUAGGUUCUCACUUGAACCCAGACAUCAAUACACUGUUUAAUCAGCAAUGCUUUAACUACCAAGGAAAGGUAAAAUUGGAAUGCAGUUAUAAAGGUGUUCUCCCAAAAAUUAUGCUUCAAGUACGGCAGAUUUAUGAGCGUUUUGAUACAAAGUCAAUAUUGGAGGCUGAUGAUGAUCGACUUGAAUAUUUUGCUAAAAAGGUGUUUCCCAAGAUAAAAGAUUCUGUCCAGCCUGGGGUUAUGAUAUUCAUUAGUUCGUACUUCGAGUUCGUUCGACUUCGAAAUUUUUUGAAGUCACAGGGUGCAUCCGUCUGCUUGUUUGGAGAGUACACUAAACAGAAGGAUAUAUCCAGUGUACGAGGCCAGUUUUUUAGGGGAGAAAAGAAAAUCAUUCUUUAUACUGAGAGAGCUCACUUCUAUUAUAGAUAUAAGAUUCGCGGUGUUCAGAAUUUAAUUAUCUACUCCCUUCCAGAGAGGAAAGAAUUUUACCCAGAGAUUGUUAGUUUUCUGGAAGAGUCUGAUAACAUGAACUGCACUGUCUUAUUUUCUCGUCUCGACUAUCUUCGGCUUGAGAGAAUUGUUGGUUCUGCUGCUGCAAAAAGGAUGGUCAGCUCAGAGAAAGGCAUAUUUGUUUUCGCUUAGACUUUCUACAAGCUGAAGUUUAUUUAUCGAGGAGCUCGGUUUCUGGUGGACUUGCCACUGCGUUUAAUGGCAAUGAACAUUGGACACAAGCUUUCUUUCUUAAGAAGCUGCAAGCUCUCACCAUCAUCACUAGUUGAAGGUGCAUAUAUGUUAUAAGAGCAUGCUUCUGAAUUUUGGAGUAUACACUAAUUGCUAAAACUUCUCUGUAACUUAAAAAGGAAAUCAAAUAUGAUAGCCUCCUUGGCAAUUUUGUGUGAAUAAUUCUUAAAUGCUAUGCUUUUGAAGACUUGAGCAGGAUUAAUUCUUUUAGAUUAUCCCAACUUUUACAGGAGCUGUAAGAAAUCUAUUGAUGGAUGUUGAUACUAAUUUUAUAAUAGUAAAAAGCUUGUUUGUAA